GUGUGUGGCUGAGGGAGUCAGUCAGUGCGCGGAGGUGCGGGGGCUGAGCUGGUGCUGGGGUUGGGGUUGGGGUCGGUGUUGGGGUCGGUGCUGCUGAGCGGCAGUGAUGGAGCACAUGACUUGGAGAGGUUCACAGCCGCGGCUGAACGCGCUGAGCAGACGCGCGGGCUCUCAGGUGGAGCAGCGGCAGCCGGUGCUGUCUCAGGGCAGCUUCACCAUGAGGAGCGAGGGGCGCGGGGAAGCCUACACCCACCACCGAGCCCCGGGGCCGGGGCCGGGCCCGGGGGACAUGUACCUGCCCGGGGUCUGCGCUCCCGAGUUCAGCGGAAACCCGGAGACGAUUCUGCUGAGCGAACAGCAGUUUCCAACCAGAAUGAGAGGCCAAUCCUUCAAACAGCUGCAGAGCGGCUUCGACCAGAGAGAGACCUUCCACAGAGGAGACUCCUACAUACUCCAACAGCCCGGAGCAGCGGGAGGGGGAGCGGGAGGGGGAGCGGGAGCGGGAGCCAAGAACGUGGAGAUCAUCAAAACCAUUAAAACCGUCCACAACAGUAAUUCGCUGACAAAACGCUAUGCUGCGGCCCGGGCAGGGGUGGACGAAUGUGAAUUGAAACUGAGACAAGCAGAGGUGUUGCUCCAAAACGAUUUGAAAGGUUUUGAAGUUGGGCAGCCUGGGAGAAAUCGAAUAGAGAUCGAUAAUCUGUUAAAAAUGUGUGGUGAUAUGAUCUCGGAAAUUGAGGAAGCCAUUGAAGACUUGAAAUAUUCUGGGCAGCCUUUUGAACCUAUCCAGAAUAGGGUGGUUCAACUUUAUGAUCAGCUGCGUGUGAUUUCCAAAGCUAUCUAUGAACGAUACAGCGAACAAGUUGUUAUUGAACACGUCAAGUUACCCGGCCAAAGAGUAUCGAUCGGUAACAAUUCCUGGGAUGAAUCAUACUCAAGGUCAACUCAUGAGCUGGUCAGCUGGAUAAACCAACAAAAGCAAGUAAUGGGUGUACAAGAAUGGGCUUUAGAUGCAGUCUCUGUGGAGGAACAAAUAAAGGAACAAAAAAGAUACCACAAAAUCAUAGAGGACUUUCGCUGGAAGAUAAAUAAAGUCAAGGUGGAACAGAAUGAAAACUAUUCUGAGAACUACAGACUGGCUAUAAGUGAAGUUGAAGACCAAUACGAAGGCCUUUUGAAAGGUUCAAAUGAAAGAAUUGAUCAGCUGAUCAGGUUUCAAGACAUAAUUAAAGUCGCAUCUAAUGAGAUUAUGUGGAUCAAUGAUCGUGAGGAGGAAGAACUAGUUUAUGAUUGGAGUGAUAAAAACACCAACAUUGCUGAGAAGCAAGAAAGAUUCUCGAUGUUGAUGAGCAAUUUGGAAGUCAAAGAAAAGCAAUUAAACAGACUCAAACAGGAAGGGGACAAGCUAGUGGCAAAUCAGCAUCCCGCAGCUAACAGAAUUGAGGCUUAUGUUGAUGCUCUGCAGACCCAGUGGAGUUGGGUUCUCCAGCUCACCAAAUGCAUUGAAGUUCAUCUGAAAGAAAACACAAAUUAUUUUCAGUUUUUUGAGGAAGCUCAAAUGGUUGAAAAAGACCUGAAGAAAAUGCAGGACUCUAUCAGAAAGAAAUUUAUCUGUGAUAAGUCUACACCGGCUCUGCAGUUAGAAAAGAUGAUAACAGAAUCCGAGAAAGAUAAAGAUAAAAUCCUGGAGUACAAGAGACAGAUGACGAACUUGGUAAACAAAUCGAAGAAUAUAGUCCAGCUAAAACCACGUAACCCACUUACCAAUGCUGAUCAACGGUCCGGGAACAAAAUCAUUCUCAAGGCUCUCUGCGACUACAAACAAGAUCAGAAAGCGGUGCAUAAAGACGAUAAAUGUAUUUUAUUGGACAACUCGCAACGCAGCAAGUGGAAGGUGAUUGGCCCUGGUGGAAUAGAAAUGAUGGUUCCAUCUGUUUGUCUCCUCAUCCCACCUCCCAACCAUGCUGCAAAUGAUCUUGCAAACAAAAUUGAACAAUACUAUGAGGCAAUUCUCUCUCUGUGGAAUCAAUUGUACAUUAAUAUGAAGAGCUUGAUGUCUUGGCAGUACUGCGUCAUGGACAUGCAAAAAAUUCGCAGUUGGACUUUAUUAAUGCUGAAACAAAUGUCUCGUGAAGAUUACGAGACGGUGACCAAAAACCUGGAGCUGAAUUUCCAGGCUUUCCUGAAGUACAGUAAGACUUCCCAGUUCUUUACAGAAGCAGACCGAACAGAAUUGCAGAAAGACUACAGCCAUAGCCAGACCCACUUCAGCAAACUAGUAACUUCUUUGGAGGACGGACCACCUGAUCGACAAAUUUCAGUUAAGGUUCUAGGGCAAGGCCCACCACAGUCAGACAGUAAUUUCCAUCUUGCGCUCCAAACGAUACGCCACCGUUUGGAAGAGAAUGAACAGUUAUUGCUGCAAAAGAUACACCUCCUUAUCGAUUCUGCAUCAACUUUCAACAACACACGAAGGACAGCUGAAUUGGAGCUUACACUAGAUGACCUAGAUGCAAUUGAUAAUGACUUUGUCAAACUGCAGAAGAAGUGGCACUUAUCAAAUCCAUCAUUGGAGUCUAAAUUAUUCUUUGAAAAAGAGUUUCUCUUUAUAGCUCAGCGGCUGAAGUCCGCCAGCAGAUACUCCACAGAUUAUUUAGAAAGAAUGAAAGUACUGAAUUUACUCAUUCAAAGUAUUCUUGAGGUGGAAGAUAUUGUAAAAGUUUAUGAAGCUCGACUAACUGAAGAGGAAAGUGUUCCAUUGGAUCUGGAUAAAAUAGAGCCUUACAGAUUCUAUCUGAAGACAAUGAGAGGUGAACUGGAUAUGAAAAGGGACUUGCUGAAGCACAUGGAUGACGAUCUGAACCAAGUGUUAAAUAUCAAUGAGCGGAUAACAUCUUCAUACAAGUGUGACAUUGACAUUGACAAAUAUAAUGAGAAGGUCACACAACUGAAGGACCGUUGGCAAAGAAUUUACAAAGAACUUGAUUCCAGAUAUUUAGACUUGGAUAAACAUCACCGGCAGCUGAAUGAUUACAAACAAUUAUUUGAUGGGCUUAACAGAUGGAUUGAUGUAACCAAAUGCAAACAGGAUGCACUGCAAAUCAAUAAAUUUGGGCAUGCAGAAGCUAUUAUAGCUCAACUACAAGAGCAAAAGAACUUGCAUUCAGAAAUAAAGAACAAACGAGUCAAUGUUGAAGAGUAUCAAAGUGACGCGGACAUGUGUGCAACAUCUAUAAAGGAUUAUGAGCUUCAGUUAGCAUCAUUCAGUGCUGGUCUGGAGACGCUACUUAAAAUUCCAAUCAAGAGGCAAGUGGCACAGUCAGCUUCCACUAACAUUCUUCGUGAGUCUGCAGAUCUGCAGUCUCGAUACAUUGAACUUCUUACAAGAUCAGGUGACUAUUACAAGUGUCUCAGUGAGAUGUUGAAGAACACGGAGGAAGUAAAGAUAAAAAACACAAAAAUAGAACUUUUGGAAGAGGAACUUAAGCAUGCCAAGGGUGAGAAUGCUGAUAGUAGCCAACAGAAGAAGUUUUUUGAUCAACAUUUAAGUCAGAUUCAAGUUGAGAUCACAGAACUGAGGAAAAAGGUUGUAAUCCUGGAGGAGCAGAGGAGAAGUGCUGAAAUGGAACGUGAUAAUGCGAAGCACAGCCUAGAGGUAAAUAUUAGUCAGAUGAAAGAAAUCAACGAGAAGAUUACAAGACUGACAUUUGAACUUGAAGAGGAAAGAAGGCUGAGAAUAUCGAGUGAGAAACUGAAAAUUGAGCAAAAAGAUGAGCAUGACAGUGUUUUCCAUAUCAAACAAAAGGAGUUGGAUGAUGUCAUUUGGCUCAAGGUGCAGAUUGAAAAAACACUCAAGGAGAAAGAGCAUGAGAUACAGAGGCUUAGAAAACUGCUAGAGGAAGAGUCUAACACUAGGAGAGAGAUUGAAAGUGAACUAGUUAAGAUUAAGAACAAACAUGGAUUUGAAAUGACUACGUUGAAAUCACACUAUGAAACACAGAUCAAGAUAAGUGAAUCCACAAUUGAGCAGCUCUCUAUCGAAAAGGAUGAUACUUCAGGGCUAAAAAUAAAGCUGGACAACAUUUCAAGAGAGAAAAGUAAUCUCCAAGAAGAAAUAGAACGGUUGAAAAUUUCCAUCAAACAAUCUGAAUUGCAUAGAACAAAGGCAGAAGAGAAUAUUGCACAGCAGAGAGCAUCUGGUACUCAUGAAUCUAGGAAGAGAUUGGAGUUGGAAAGAGAACACCAACAACUAAUCAAAAUUAGAUCAGAAGAAAUACUGAGGCAUAAAGCUUUCCAGGAAGAUACUUCUAAGUGUAUUAGUGACAAAACAAGGGAACUCGAAAGAGUGAAAGUUUUAUUAGAAGAGGAAAUUUAUAAACGGAAAAAUCUAGAAAAUGAUAAUGACAAACUGAAGCAACUGAACAUGGAAAGUCAGAAGAAGACCACAGACUCAUUUACCAGAAUUCAUACCGUAGAGGAAGAGUAUAAGCGUAUCAAAAUGGAUUAUGAGAGAGCAUCUAAUGAGAAGAAUAGGUCAUUGCAAGAAAUUGAACGACUCCAAAGCACUAUAAGAGAAGCAAACCAUUUUAAAGUGAAGAUAGAAGAGGAGAUUGCUCAACAAAAGAGAUAUGUACUUGAAGAGUCUUCAAAGAGAAAGAAGGCUGAAGAAGAGUUAGAAUGCAUUAGGAGAAGUUGUAAAGAAUAUACAAUUACAAUCAGUCAGCUCACACAGCAGAUUGAACAGAUUUCAUUCACAAAGAAAAAACUUGAGGAUGAUCUGAAAGAGCAAAGGAUAUCUUUUGAACAUCAGUUUAAUGAGAAGAAGGUCAGUACAGAGGAGCUCAAUAGGCUGUAUGCUGAAAUAGAGAAACUGCGUCACCAGUUAACUCAGGAACAAGACAAUUUAAGACAGGCUCAUCUGAGAAAUGAACAUUGUCAGAAAACUAUUGAAGAUAAGAGUAAGAGUCUGAAUGAAAGCAUAACCGAAAUAGAAAGACUUCGUUCACUCGUGGAAAAACUCACAAAAGAACGACUGAGGUUAGAAGAAGAAUGCAGAAAUAUAAGGAUUUCUCUGGAUGAUUUUCAGAAUAAACAAAAUGAAAAUGAAGGUGAAAAGGGGAAAUUGAUCUCUGAACUCAAGUACCAACUUGAACUGACUAGCAAGAGAACAGCUGACCUGCAAAAACUCAUUAAUGAGUUAAAGAAUGAGAGGGAAAAAUUGAAAGUGGAAGUUGAGAUAUUCCAAAAGCAAGCUCUAGAGGCAACUAAUAAGAUAGAAAUCACGCGGAUUUCUCGAGAAGAAAUCUUGCAUGAAAAAGAAUCUCUCCUACUGAAGAUCAGACUUCUGGAGCAGGACAAAUCCAGACUUCAACAUUAUGAAGAUGAAUUGAGUCGAAUAAAAGCACUCCUGGAAACUGAAUCCCGAUCGAAGUUGCAUAUGCAAGAUGAGAUUCAACAUGUCAAAACUGAUCUAACCUAUUGGAAGAGCCAAGCUGAAAUGAAAGACCAGGCAAUCAGACACCAAGAACUAGAUAAAGGAAAGGCAACUAGUGAGCUUGAUCGUUUGAAAGCUGAAAUCACCAGAUUGGAAGAAGAACUGAGGAUGCUGGAGGAAAGGUGCAAGUGGAAACUAGCAACUGCUGAUAGAGAAAAGCAAUCUGAGUUGGAAGCUCUGCGCAUCCAAUUACAAAUGGAAAUUCAAAGACUCAGUGAGGUGCCCAAGAAGGAAAUAAAAUUACUAGGCAUUAGAGACCAUGUGUCAUUGCAUGAACUUGUGAAUUCUGAAGUUAUAGAUGAAAAAACAGCUAGUGAUAUUGAAACUGGGAGAAUAACAGCAGAGGAAGUUAGCCACAAGUACCAGGACUUACUCCAAGGUAAAAGUAGCAUUGCAGGCAUAUUUGUAGAAGCCACAAGGGAGAAGCUUUCAGUCUAUCAAGCUAUGAGAAAGGGCUUGAUUAGACGUGGCACUGCUCUUGAACUUUUGGAAGCUCAAGCAGCCACAGGCCAUAUGAUUGACCCAGUCAAAAACCUAAAGUUGACGGUUGAACAGGCUGCUCAAAGCGGGCUUAUAGGUCUAGAAUUCAAAAAUAAACUUCUCUCAGCUGAAAAGGCUGUUACUGGUUACAAAGAUCCCGAAACAGGAAAACUCAUCUCCUUGUUUCAGGCAAUGAAGAAAGAAUUAAUUGAACCAACUCAUGGCAUUCGACUACUGGAAGCCCAAAUAGCAACCGGGGGAAUUAUAGAUCCCACCCAAAGCCACCGUUUGCCAGUUCACACUGCUUACAAACGCAAUUACUUUGAUGAAGAAAUGAAUCAAAUUCUCAUUGAUCCAGGUGAUGAUACCAAGGGCUUCUUUGAUCCCAACACAGAGGAAAAUUUAACCUACCUUCAGCUGAUGGAACGAUGCGUUACUGAUAAAGUUACCAACCUUUGUUUAUUGCAACUGACCGAAAAGAAGAAAACGACGACAUCUACAUCAGCGGUCAGAAAACGUAGAAUUGUCAUUGUAGACCCUGAUACAAACCGGGAAAUGUCAGUACGUGAAGCAUAUCACAAAGACUUGAUAGAUUAUGAAACUUUUGUGGAACUUUCUGAACAGGAGGCAGAGUGGGAAGAAAUAACAAUUUCAGGAUCAGAUGGGAGUGUAAAAACAGUGGUGGUUGAUAGAAAAACUGGCAUCCAAUACGACAUUGAAGAUUAUUUGAAGAAAGGUUUAAUUGACAAAAAGAGUUUUGAUGACUACCGCGCUGGAGUUAUGUCACUUACGCAGUUUGCAGAAUUGUUUAGUGACAAGACCAACGUUGAUACACGGAAUGUGAGUAAACUGCAUCAUUCAACAAACAGGAGUCCCAGUCCAUCUCCACAAUUUACAAAAACACUAUUUGUUUCUUCUGAUGAGUUCAGUCCCAUUGCUGCAAUAUUUGAUAUUGAAACAUUGGAAAAAAUAACAAUUUCUGAAGCUGUGCGUCGCAACAUUGUUGAUUCCAUUACAGGGCAAAGAUUGCUCGAAGCCCAGGCCUGCACAGGAGGGAUCAUAAAUCCUGGCACUAACCAAAAAUUACUUAUCCAAGAUUCUAUAAUUCAAGGUAUCAUUGAUGAAGAUAUGGGAAAGCGUUUAAAACCAGCACAAAAAGCAUUUGUUGGUUUUGAGGAUGUUAAAAACAAAAAGAAGCUCUCUGCAGCAGAAGCAAUUAAGGAGAAUUGGCUGCCAUAUGAAGCUGGAAAUCGCUUCCUUGAGUAUCAGUUCAUUACAGGUGGGCUGGUCCUGCCAAAUGUUUCAGGGCGAAUCCCUGUGGAAGAAGCAAUAAGAAAAGGCUUGAUCAGUGGCAAAACAGCUCAGAAGCUUCAAGACUUCAACAGCUAUUCAAAAAAUCUGACCUGCCCCAAAACAAAGUUGAAGAUUUCAUACAAAGAAGCAAUGGAUCGUUCUAUGGUUGAGGAGAAAACUGGCUUAAGGAUGUUAGAGGCAUCAUCUUUCUCUUCUAAAGGAAUCAACAGUCCUUACAAUUUGAGUUCAUCUGGACCAAAUUCUCGUUCAGGCUCCCGUUCAGGUUCACGUGGGGGAUCAAGACGAGGAAGUUUUGAUGCUACCUCGUCUACCCUGACUACUAGUACUUCGACAACUUUUGUUAGCAAUAUUUCUGUAAACUAACCAUUCUCUAUGAAAACCUAAACAAGUAACAAAAUACAGUAAAACUUGCAUAAGUCUUAUCUGUAUAAAUCAUACAAUCACCCAUUCAAUUUCUUUUUAAAUUCACUUAUUCCUAUGCACUCGUUAUAUUAAUCACUGCAUAACUCCCACACUUGCCACUACCACACUUACUGACUGGUGGGUCAAAACUUUGCCCGCUUGCCUAAAACAGAACACCACACAUUCGCACCCCAAUGCUCUCCAUGCCCUCCUCCCAGGGAUGUAACAUCAACAUCAUCGCGUACAGGAGCAGGGAGAGGAAAGAGCAUUACCUGAUCACAGGUAAGCGAGGGGAACCCGACACGACAUGCGCACUUACCGGCCUUGAAGUAGCUCCAUGCGAAACAAUUACGGGAACCUAAGUCCCGACCCGUCACCUAAUGCGCGCUUACUGGCUGCAAUGCCUUCAGCUGAUGGAAUGAUACACAUCGAACAAGGAUGGAAGACAAGGUUUUGACCAGUCAUCGUGGCAUCAGGCAAUGCAGAUACCCCACCUAAACACAAAUUAAGUUUAUAUUCUAUCAAAACAGUUCUGUUGGUUUGGCAAACCUGUUUGGUUGUGUCAUUCAUUGUACAGUACAUGUUUUCCGCAAUGUGGUACAGUAUCUUUGCAUGGAAAGAAUGGGCUACCAUUGCUUUAAUAUGCAAGAGUUAAACAUUGUUCGGAAUCCUUGCCUUAAUGUCCCCAGUCAGUACAGUACUUAUGUAUGUGUUAUGUGUAAGUUAUAACAAAUCUGACUUAUACCUAACUUUACAUAAGUCAUAUAUAUGAUAUAUGACUUCUCCAAGUUUGCCAUAACUCAUACUUCGCAUAAGUCAUAAUACAUGUUAUAGUUCCAAUACAACUUAUGUGAGUUUUACUGUACAAUGGUUGUUUUUAAAAUUCAUGAAAAGCCCAAAUUGUUCUCUUCAUUAUAUUCACUUGUCUUUGCAAAUGUUUUAAAUGUAUUUUAUUAUACACUGGUGCCCUGUUAAGAUCAUUAUCUAUUUGCUUAAAUGUAGUUCAUCUAGAGCAAGAUUUUAACAUUGAUCUCUCUGAUAUCCAUUAUAAUAAUGAAAAUGAAUAAGUUGUGCAAAGGUUCUUUCUACCUCAAAAUAUUAGAAUUCAACAAUUAGCUAAACACUAAAUCCUAUUACAGUUUCAAUUCAAUAAAAGACAUCUGGUCUGAAUUAAUAGCUAUGGUACUUUUUUGAUUUGGAUAGUUCUUUUCAAAGAGCUGGCACAGAAACGAUAGGCCGAAUGGCCUCCUUCUGUGCUGUAUAAUUCUUAUGAUUUUUUUAAAAAAUCAUGCCAUUGUGAAAUUCAUAUAAUUUUAGCAGCAAUGAAUUUGUGGCAUGAAAAGGAGGAAGCAAGCAGCUGUAGACAAAAUACAACACUUCAAAAAUCAUUGAGUUGAAUAGGAAUUGAUUGUACAGAUUGAUACCUUACAUUGCAGUGAACAUAGUUUCUGUUACUAGAAACAAAUUGAUCUUAAAUGGGCUCCACUGUAUAGAUGAGCUUUUUGGUGGUUUGAAAUUGCAAGUUUUUUGGGGGAGGGUAGAAAAAAAUCAUACUAAGUGUAAUGCAAUUUAUAGUUUAGCAUAUGAUUAUUCACAUAUAUAGCCAUCAGAGCAAUAUGUAAUGAACUUUGAAUUUAAGAGCAGUAGUUUAUGUAGUAUUGAAAGGGGGUUUUGAACAUCGAUUUUGUAUCAGUCUAUAAGCAUGCUGAAUUUUAAGAUGGUGCAUUCUUGCUUCUCUUUAUUAAUAAAGUUGUCAUUUCAAAAUUG